UGGCAAUCACCGAACGAGAGCAGUUCGAAGCAGCGGUUAAAGCAAUCAAUGUAACUGGAUAUCCCAACAAGGCAUUGGGGCAACAGCACUUGCUGCAAGCAAGCAGAAGUGCAGGCCGAGAGCGCAAAGUAGGAGCACAAGGCAAAGUAGCCAGUGAAGUGAACUGCUUAAAAAAUAAGCAAAAUAAAGUAGAACUCAGCUUGAAAAAAAAGAAAAAAAAAAACAAAACAAAUCUACCGUGAGGAAGGACAACAAAAGUGUUGUGCAUGCAGUGCUAACACAAACAAUAACAAAAACUAAAUAAAUAAGCAAAAUAAAAACACCGAAAUUUUCAUUCCAGAUACAGACAAAAUUUUUGCUUUCGCAAGGAAUAUUGCGAAAAUGAAAAUUCAUUCGCUAAUAUACGAAAAAGUAGUAAAAACAUACCUAGUUCAGUGAAAAUCUAUACAUAAAACUGUUGAAGUGGUGUAGUUGAAGCCGUUGAUUUCGAGUAUUCUUCCAGCCCAACACAUUUGGAAUGUUGAAUAUAAGUUUGUUUUUGUUCGCUUGCGAGAUGCGAUAAGACCAAAAAAUUUACACACAAAUAAUUACAAUCAUCAAAUAGUCAAAUCAUUGUCGCAGCAGUUGCUGUGACGGCAGCGACGGCAAAUCCAGCCACACAAUAAGCAGCAGAAAAGGCUACUACAACCCAAACGCAACCAACAACGACGGCAGCGACGAUAACAACCGACGCUUGAAAAUGUCAACACUUCCGUUUUUGUUGAGCGUCGCCGAUGAGCUCGAUAACCUCAACUCCCAAUCGUACAUGGACGACUUCGGGCUGGGCUUCCAUCCGCACCGCCAGUACUACCGUACGCCCACCAUCCAAUUGUCCUUGCCCGCCAGCACCGACUGGAUGGAGCAUGACCGCUCGCAGCGCUAUCGCUCGCAUAAAUUCGUCUUCGAAACACAAAACAAUCUAACGGCCACCGCGGAGGGCGAUGAGGCGGAAGGCACCGAUGAGGCUGGCAAUGGCGGCCGUGGCGGCGCGCUGGACGGCAGCGGUACGGACAAUGCGUAUGUAGAUCGCUACGGCAGCGGGGCAAGCACGUCCGCCGCCAGUCGUCAAAAAUACACUUCCCUACUCAACUCGAACAACGACGGCGAAGGCAAGGGAGUGCUCGGCGGCAGCGGCAGUGGCAGCGGCAGCAGCAGCACCAAGGGUGGCAAGCGCGAUGACGCCGAUGCCAUCGAUAACACAGUGCAGAUGUAUAACUUGUCGAAAAAAUGUUGCAAGAAUUACUAUCGACGCGGCGACGAACCGCAGUCGGGCGUACUGACGGCCAAGGAGAAAUCCGCAGAAGGCGGCUAUCGUUUGCAUGCCAAGUGCAUGGAGGGCGCCAACUCGUCGUCGGAUGAGAGCUUACAGAAGCCAACAUCCUCCAUUGAAUUUUUGACGUGCUUCCUGUUGAAGAAGUCGCGUGCGCCCAAAGGAGCGGGCAUCAGCGGUGGCAAGAAAUCGUCGUAGGACACGGUUUCGAAGCGUAGAAGCAAUUGUUUCUGAAUAUGUUGGAGAGGGGCGGGUGGCGAUGGCGAAGGCGAAGGCGAAGGCAAUGGUGACGGUAAUGGCGACGGCAACGACGUGGGGGAAAAUCGUGGCGUGCCAGGCCGGAGUAAUGGUAAUGGGGAUUGGAGAGCUUGUUGCGGUGAAAUUGAUUAUCAGAAGUGAUGGUGGCGAAGAUUAGGCGAAGACGAAGGCGAGUGCCGAUUGAAGACUGACGAUGGACGAUUUACGCAGUCACGCGGCUGUAAUGUUGCUACAAUGCAACUCAACUGAGCAACUGUGCAAUCGAGUGAGUGGCGAAGGUUGUAACGUUACACCUUGGCUCUUCGUGCACAGACAAACUGACGCGCUUUCACACUUUAUUUGGCAAUGAGUUUGCGAAGCUGUCAAGGGUAAAAUACAAGGUCUUCGAGGUGCAGACGGGCGUUGAGGGAUUACGGCAAAGGUUGGUUGGAGAAAUGAAAUGCGCCGCAAAAAGUGCAGUGAAAAGGGAUUCUCAUACAAAGCGAAAGUGAGAAGAAAAUGCAGCAGUUUUGAUGCAUUCGCAUAUAAAAUUUAGUACUUACGCAUAACAUUUACAUAUAAUCGCAUAUAGCAAUUUGAAAUUAGUUGUAAAUUGAAAAAAAUGUAGACUUAUUAGGGCCGUUUUCACCAUCUCUGGUUAACACUAAGCUCCAGUUAAACCUCGUUACCGACGUUCUCGACACAAUCUUAUAUGUAUGGAGUCAAUAACGUCGGUAACGAUGUUUAAUUGGAGAUUAGUCAUGCAACGCUAAGUAUGCAUAACUGGACUAUUAACCAGAGAUGGUGUAAACGGCCCUAAGUGUAGUAGUGCGUGGUUAAGUGAACGAUUAAGGAAAAUAUUCAAGCGGUGCCUAAUUGUUAGUUUCGUAGCUAAAAAAAUACCUAAGGCCAUAAGCAACUGAACAGCUAAAGGCCGAGUUGGGUUUUUUUUUGAAACUUAGUAAGCUUUAGCAAGUAAAUGUUUAUAGAAUGUUUGUAAUGUAUGUACGUGUAGCGGUAAUUUUUAAAAAUUUGCGCAGUUAUUUAUAAGCAAUAUUCGCAUAUACAUACAUGCAUAUACAUAUAUAUUGUUGGAGAGGCGGUGUUUUGGUGAUGAAAAACAUUGUAUAGUGUUUUUUAUUAAAAUUUUAAAAGUUCGACAUCUAACUAUGCGACAUUUUUUUAUUUUUUUUAUGCAGCAAAAAUUCAUGUAAUUUGUGUAAAUUCGACUUUGUGGAAAAAUAACGGCCUUGAAAGACCGGUAAAAAAUUGCAAAAUCAUUUUUUGCUCGUUGUACCCCCAACUUUGUCUACUAGGAUCGAAACAAAGUUAAAUGUUGUACAGUUCGGUAACUACUUUUACAUUCCCAAACGCCAAGGCUUCAAAUUGCUAUCUGUUUACAGCAGUACGGACUAAUCUCUUAAUAAAUUUUAGAGUCUUAGGUCUAUACGUCAUUAGUGAGCGCUAGAUCGUCAUUAACUUCUCGAAGCGCUGGCCAAGUAAAGCGAAUGCAGAACAUCAUUAAAUGGUAAUAUCCAGAAAUUAUCAACAGGAAAUGUAUUGCUUAUCGUCACUUCAAGCAAAAAAAAAAUAAUAAUAAAUAAGGGCUUGACUUAUAGCCUCGAUAUUUCCGCGUUAUUUGCCCAUCGCUUAUUGUGCCCCUUUAUUUCUGUCAUUCUGCGAAGGGGGCGUAAUCUUGCAAACCAUCGUACGCUUGACCUAACAGAGCAGCCCGCUCCGGUAAAUAAAAUACGGUCACAAUAAGUGCUUCCGAAACUGUGGGACAUUCGGCUUAUAUCGCAAUAGCACUUCGUCUGUAGACUGAUUUGUUGCCCCGACUAUACGAACCCAAGUGCAAUACAUCUGUCCACACAUCGGGGACAUAAAAUAUUACGUAGCUCAGAGUGCUCGGCAAUCUUUACCUAUGUUUUUUUUUUGGUUCUCUGGUAUUUAACAUAAUUCUCGUAGAUGUCUUGAAUGUGUUUGGGAUGGGAUCACAAAAUGUUUAGCAAAUUAAUAAAAUCUGUAUUUAAAUAGAAGCUUCGGGGUUCUCCAGAUAUUGUUUUCUCUGAUAUCGGUUUGACCAAAUGUGAAGCUUCAAUUUUCACGGGAAAACAAAUUGCUUCGAUGCCAGGCCUACAGAUAAUUGCAAAGCUUUGAUUCAGUUCAAUAAAAUUGCAAUCUAAGACCUUUUCCGCAGAGACAAGCACUAAUACAAAGCCGUCUAAAAGCAGAUAGAUCAUUUGGAUUCGAUAGAAACACCAAUUGCUGAAGCUUCCAUCGCUUGGGGAAAACGCUUUUCUUUAUAAAGUUGUCUUCACACCUUACGAUGACGGGAACCGUUUUCGAACGAUUUUAAAGCUGGCUUCAAAUUGUGAGGCUUACAUAUAUACCCAACCGGAAAAAUGAGGAACGCUGGCAGACCUUCCUUUUGCAAGGUGUAUUAGAAGAUCUUCCAAUAGCGCUGCCAUUCGAAUUCGGGCGAGAAUUUGUAUUUGAUAAGCAAAGAAAGUCAAAUAAAAGUGAAAAUGGCAGUAAACGUUUCUAUGAGGGUCUGGUGGAAAAUAUAAACUGUGUCUUAUUUAUUUCAAGUGAACGUGCCUUUUCUGGGGGAAGCUGAAUCAGAUGCUCUGGCUAUUUGAUACAAAAGUAAAUGGAAUCAAGAAACGCGAAUAGAAGACCUCUCGCUUCAAAAGAUUGAAAAUAACUCUGCCAAGAAGGCUUAAUUUGUCCAAUUUUGCCCACUGGGUAGUUAUGGUAGUUAUGCUUACAUAAAUAUACUAGUUAACCCCUUGAGUUUAUGCAAGAGAGCGUGGCGUUUAUAGUAAACUGAAAAAUAGCGAUAGAUGUAGUAAAUUCAGAGAACCAUCGUCUUGGACCCAUUACGAACAGACAGCUAAACGCAGUGUCCUGUUGUAAGCUAAAAAGGGAUACGAGUUUGCAAGAAAUCGUAGCACUUCGUCAAUUUAAAAAUUAAAGCGCAUUUCCACUGAAAAUCUUUCCUACUGUUUUAUAUUUUUAUUUGUUUGUGUCAUAAAAUAUAGCACUUCUGCAAAAAAUGGUGUCGACAGAUGGCGCUGUCGUCGAGAUAUUUAGAUACUCCUCUACAAAUUUACUUUUUAGAUGACUUAAUGAAGCCCCACCAUUUAAGGAUGCAUACAAAGAAGGUCAAAAUUGUUUUAGCACCUGGAAUAUUCUAGGCACAUUAACAGGUCAUCGGUAUAUUAAGAGUAAAUGUGGCGAAUUAGAAAGAACACGGUAGAAAUAUCAAUGACCCCAUUUAAACGGGAAAACUCUUUCAUCCUAUGUCUCCGAAAACCUUGCCGUAUUUGCAGAUAUCUCACAGAAAAUAAGAGUCCAUAGCAUCGCAGGAGAAGGGGAAUAACAGCGCUGUUAUUCUUGGCCUAUCAGUAAGGAAGGUCCUGCUUUUCAGUCCAUUCAACCUAAACGAAUAAUUUUUACAUUACACACCGUUUUUGCGCUUCAACACUAUUUUGUAUUGGUCAAUGUAAAAGUUCUUAUCAGGCGUCGCGAAGCAAGCCAGGCAUUUGCUAGUUUAGUAAUAAAACUGAAAUGAAAACAUCAUUUAUGAGCAAAAUUUCCCAACGGUCAAACCAAAAAUCGUAGAAGUUCAAAUUAUAUACCGGCCCAUAUUUAAGGAUUAACCAACAAUUAUAUGCCGUCACAAAGUUUUCGCUUCCCUCAACUUAAUUCGGUCUUUAAAGGGUUAAACGAAAAAAUUAUGUCGUGCCCACAAUUCGUGUCCUGGCGUCUUUUAGGUGGCGGGAUUGUAUCUAGGACUCCGAUCUGGUGUUCGGCGAAGAUCAUUGAAUUGAAGUACAUAUUUUGUUGCAUGUUUUAUUUUUUUAACUGAUUGAAUAAAAUUAAGGGAAACACGCUAUUUUUCCAGCACCAAUACACCUCUUCAAAUAACCCAACUAAUUAUGAUACAAGAAAUUUGUAACCAUUUCCCAGAUGCAUGCAAAUUUUGCAUGCCAGUUUUUUUUUUUAAAAAUAAUAAUUGCAAAAAGAAAACAAAAAAAAAAAUAAAUUUUGUACCUUCUUUUAUACCAAGAACCAGAUAUACAUGCAUACAUACAUAUGUGUUUUUAUACCAGUAAUUAAAGGAAUUUAGAGCAAAUUAUUGCAUACAUUAAAGCCUAAAAAAUAUAUGCAAAGUGCAACAGCAUUAAGAAAAUAAGGAAAUAAAUUGAAUAAUUUUAAGAGAAUAAAAUGAAAAGAAAAUAGAACAGAAAACGCGCUGAAGUCAUUGAAAUACAUACAAAUACUAGGCUGGACCACCUUAAAAAACAAAAAAAAAAUGCCGUACAUCCCUCUCGAAUGAUUAUUAAAAAAAAAUUAUUCGUUGUCGAAUAUAGGCGUCACCAGAAGAAAAGCAAAAAAACAUUUUACCGAAAUUAAAUUGAAAAAAUAGUUUAGGUUCGAAGGUGUACUGCGAAUAUUUUUUUCUGGUGCGGUCUAAUACACACACACACAUACAGAUAUACAUAUUCACGAGUAUAAUAAUGAGCUUCAAAGAAAAUAAAAAUAUCACUAGCAAAUAAAAAUGAAUACUGAAAAUUUUAAAAAAUGAAGAUCCUGAAAGGGCAUUGCAUUUCAUUGGCGAGGAAGAAGUGUGUUUGCAGGCAGGCUGCUAGAAGACCUUGCUCCAUUUAAUGCACCUUCAUAUGUACAUCCAUGCAAGGGUCUUUACUAAAAGCAACAACAAGCAAGCAGCUAGUUGUAGCGGUAAUCGAAUGACAACCCUUCCUUACCUUUUCUGAAUUGAGAAAAUGAAAACAGCUUAGCAUUGUUGUCGACGUUGUUGUUUUUGCAAUACAAACAGUUAUUUACAGUUGUGCAAAAACAAUUACAAAUACAUAUAGAAAUGUGACGAAAGUCAGCAAUGCAGUGGAGCAGUGAAUCACCUGGAAAGUCUGUCAGUCAGAAAGUCAUUUAAGCGCGAAAGUUUGACGUCGAUGUUGACGUUGGUGAUUUAAUGGCAGUAAAAUUACGAUUUGACGAAAUCAAUUUCGUUCAUUCAAGCGAAAUCUUACAGCUCGAUAGGUAUGCGAUGUACACACAUACUUAUGUAUGCUAACUCAAAUGUACAUAUGUACAUAAGUACAUAGUUGGUUAGUGAAAAGCGGUGAAGCGCUGCAACUCAGCGAACGAGUCAAACGAAAUGCAAUCAAGCACUCACUCUUUGGUGGCAUGGCAUCGAUGUCACUAACUCGAAAACAUACAUACAUACAUACACAAAAGUUGGUAAAUGGUACAAGUAUGCACACCUACAAACCCACAUAUGUAUGUAUGUAUGCACAUGAAAUGUAGCAUUGAAUAAUACAUAAAUAAAUAAACCAAAUAGGUAAAAUUAAAUAAAUACGUACAGUAAAUCAAAGUGAAAUUACAGACCAACAAAAUCGGAACACAAGUAAAGUAAAGUAAAAUAAAAAAGGAGCAACGUAUCUCAAAGCAAACGCAACAAAUAAAACCGCAAACACCUACACACAUACACAUCCACACAUAAAUUUUUGGAUGGCCACAUAAUCAGACAAAAAUGGCUUUCAUGAUGCAAACAAGCCAGAAUGAACGCAAAACAAAAGCGCUUAAGGCCGGCUUAUCACGGCUCUCAAAA